AUGGCUUUUGUCAUCAUCUUUCCUAUCUCUAUUGCGAUUCAAGCCACCACCUAUUUCUUGCCUAUAUACUUCCAGGCUGUAAAGAAUGUCUCGCCUACAAUGUCUGGUGUCUACUUUUUGACGUUCGCCUUGGCUCUUUUCCCAUUUAGUGGUAUAUCGGCUGCAAUUCUGGCCAAAACAGGCCAAUACAAAGCUCUAACUUUGGCCGGUUUCGCCUUAAGUGCCAUAGGAAUCGGUCUGUUCUCUACCCUCGAUGCUCGCUCUAGUCACGGUGAAUGGAUUGGCUUCCAGAUCAUCGCUGCCGCAGGAACAGGUUUUGUCUUUGUCGUUUCGCUACCAUCUGCACUUGCUGCACUGCCCGAAAAGGACGUUGCGACUGCCACCAGCGCUUUCGCCUUCAUCCGCGCUCUAGGGUUGGUUUGGGGGGCCACCAUGUCCUCCAUAGUUUUCAACGCCCAGGUCAAGGGUUUUAAAAUAUACUAA